AUGGAAUCAACAUCUGAAUAUCAGAAACGUGUGAAUGAAGCUAUCGAACGUGCAAACUAUACGAAACAAUUCCUUUUAUCAGCAUCAUUCAAUCCAACAGAUCAUCAACCAUCAACGACCGAUUCCUGUUUAUUACUCAUACGAAUUCCACCAAAUACGAACGGCAAUAUAUAUCAUCUCACGAAUCUUCCAAACAAUUACUCAUCACAACCUCACGACGUUCAACAACAAACACAUUUCAUCUCAUCUAACCUUUCAAACAAGCUAUACAGUGUUCAGUUCAUGAAACGGGCAAUUGCUGACCAAUCACUUCAUGAUGAUGGAAGAGAUUUGUCUAGUUUCAACGAAGCUUUACUAGACUCGAGCAAACUUCGUCGCAAGCGAGAUUGUCAGGCAGACUUAGCAGCUUGUGUCAACAGAUGUGAUUAUCCAUGUUUAUGGCGAGGCUGUACUGCGGCUGCUACCGGAUGUCACGCGGGCUGUCACAGUGCUUACCAUUGUUAG